GCCCUUGACGUCAGCCGCGGGCAGAGCGCGGCAGCCCGGCGGAGCGGGAAGCAGCGCCCGCCGCUUUCGCUUUUAGUUUCGGGGCCGUGCCGCCGAGCUCGGGGCCGCCGGGCCCCCCUUCCCUGCACCCGGGGGGAGGGCUGGGAAAGAAACCCAAAGUCGUGAGUCUGGCGGAGCCCUGCGUGUUUCCAAACGCCCUGCUCUGAGUUCAUCCCACCAGUAAGGCUGUGCAGCGUGAGAACUGAAAGGAGAAACCAAAGGUGUUCGUGAGGCUGGUGUGGUGCAGCUGGUUGCCUGAAGACUUGCCUUGGCCACUCUUUUGUGUGCCUCAGUGCUUACCCCAUCCUUGCUCUCGGGCAGAGUACUUUGUAACUGGGUGUGCCUGAAUGCAUCAGCCUUUGGAUGUGAGCGUCUUCUCUUGAAACAGCCUCUUGAUACCCAACUGCCCGCUCUCUUGGGGGGUCCCUUGGAAGAGCCUGUCCGUACGUCUGUCGGGCUGCCUGAAGGGGCUGCCUUGCUUCCAGAUCUGAACCAUGUCCCACCCGUCCUGGCUGCCACCCAAGAGUACCAAUGAGCCUGUUGGUCAUGUUACUGCAAGGAUGGAGACCACGCACACCUUUGGGACUCCCAGCAUCUCAGUGUCCACCCAGCAGACUCCAAAGAAAUUUGCACCUGUCGUUGCCCCCAAACCAAAGUACAACCCAUACAAGCAACCAGGAGGUGAUGGGGACUUUCUUCCUCCCCCGCCACCUCCUGUGGAUGACCUCGGGAAUAUCACAUCAUCACAAGGUGCCUUUCCUCCCCCACCCCCUCUGGAUGAUGUUACUUACAAUGUGCAGGUGAAUCCUGGUGGCAAGACGCUUGAAGAGAGGCGGUCCAGUCUAGAUGCAGAAAUUGACUCUCUGACCAGCAUCCUGGCCGACCUGGAGAGCAGCUCUCCAUACAAACCUCGGACUCAACAGGUCUCUGGGACCUCGAGCAGCUCCGCCGCCACCACCCCAUCUGUGUCCACCCCUGUUACUGGCCACAAGCGGAUGAUCAUCCCCAACCAGCCUCCGCUGACCGCCACCAAAAAGUCCACGGCCAAGGGCCCGGGGCAACCGGCGCCCAUCCCGGUCACUCCCGUGGGCACCCUGAAGCCGCAGCCAGUGCCGGCCUCCUACGCCACGGCCUCCACACCCAGCCGCCCGGCCUUCAACGUCCAGGUGAGGACGGCACAGCCCAGCCCACACUACCAGCCGCCCGGCCCGCAGCCCACGCACUAUGGCAGCCUCGGGCACGGCCAGCCCUACGCAGCCCCGCCAUCCCGCCAGCCCGCUGCCCCGCAGUAUGGAGCGCCUCAACCCCACGGGCCCGACUACGGCUACGCUCCACCGCCCACCCGGCCUGCGGAACCCGCCUAUGGAUACGCACCUCCGCAGGGCCGCUACCAGGACCCCUACUAUGGGGGGUACGGAGGAAGGAACGGCUCCGAAGCGCCCUAUCUGCCACAGAGCUCCUGGAAGGCUGAGCCAGCGUAUCCUGCUAGUAAUGCCAUGGGCCAGGCUCCUCCUGGCCUCUACCAGCCGCCAGGCACUAAGAAGACCUAUAUCACUGACCCGGUGCUGGCCCCACAGCCACCCACCCUGCAGCAGAAGAGUGGAUAUCCAAGCUCUGGACCUGCAUCAAGCACUCCUUCCUUCAGGCCUGAGGAUGAGCUGGAACAUCUGACCAAGAAAAUGCUGUAUGACAUGGAGAAUCCUCCCUCUGAUGACUACUUUGGCCGCUGUGCCCGCUGUGGGGAGAAUGUUGUUGGAGAAGGCACCGGUUGCACGGCCAUGGACCAGGUCUUCCAUGUGGAGUGUUUCACCUGCAUGAUGUGCAAAAGCAAGCUGAGGGGACAGCCUUUCUAUGCAGUGGAGAAGAAAGCCUACUGUGAACCCUGCUAUAUUAAUACAUUGGAGCAAUGCAGUGUCUGUGCAAAGCCCAUCAUGGAAAGGAUCCUCCGAGCCACUGGGAAGGCCUAUCAUCCCCACUGUUUCACCUGUGUGAUGUGCCAUCGCAGCCUGGAUGGGAUCCCCUUCACUGUGGAUGCUGGCGGGAACAUCCACUGCAUCGAGGAUUUCCAUAAGAAAUUUGCUCCGAGAUGUUCUGUGUGCAAGGAGCCCAUCAUGCCGGCCCCAGGACAAGAGGAGACCGUACGCAUUGUUGCCUUGGAUCGUGACUUCCAUGUCCAGUGCUACCGAUGUGAGGACUGUGGUGGCCUCCUGUCUGAAGGGGACAAUCAGGGCUGUUACCCUCUGGACGGGCACAUCCUUUGCAAGACCUGCAACUCUGCUCGGAUCCAGGCUCUGACUGCCAAGGCCAGCACUGAUCUCUGAGUAUCAACUGUGACCCUCCCCAAGAUGCCCAUCGGGGGAUAUUGCACAAGCUUUGCAUGAUUUCUUUCCAGGCUAGGGUCUGAAUCUCUAUUUAAAAAAAAAAAAAAAAAAAGGAAAACUGGAAGGCCUUGGAACAAGAGGGCACUUUGAGAGGCCAUGUUCAGACUGCCCGUGACAAGCAUCUAAUUUAGACACAACUGUUCAAGAGGGCAGUGAGUCAGAACAGCUGCUGUAUCUGCAGCUGAUGGAGUUAAGUGGUCACAGCAGCUAAGUUACAUGCCUGUAGAAGGAGGUCUGAACAUGGUCCUGCCUAUGUUUGUGUUUGAUUCCUGUCUCUUAAGAAGUACAUGAAGGUAGAAGGUGAAGGAUGACUGAGCUAGUUAUUUCCCCCAAGUUAUUUUGAGAACCUGGCCGGCUCUCAUUGAAGUCAUGGGGAGGUUCCCUUUGCCUUUAAUAGGAUCUGUGUCACCAGCAGAAGUAGCUCCACUGCCCUAGGUGUGAGAGCAGACCCAGCAUUAACACAAACAGUGCAACUGCAACUGUAGUGCACCUGAGUGUAGGUGUGACCUUGUAUCCCUGGGACACAGAUUUGUUAUUUCUUAGGCCCUUACUUGUCUCCAUUCCCUUCCAGUUCAAUAGGGUUUUUUCUUUUACUCAUGAAAUUUUACUUUGCUAUUGCAUAAAUUUAUUCAGUAGUGAUGCUUCCAAUUCACAAUGUAUGAGCAAUCACAGAAAGAUGUGAGCUUGCACACUAUACACUACACACACACACACACACACACACACAACAUGCUUUUGAUUUACCAGAGGCAUAAGCCGGUCAUGGCACUGGAAAUACGUUUCUAAAAUCCCAGUGGUUAAAAAAACCCAAAAUUACUGCAUAGAACUGCAGUGCAAAGCGAUGCUCAAAAAAAUCUUACACCACUCUGUCAUACACCCCUUCUAGUGGGACCACUGGCAGUGUUGGUCUCUGGGUAAACAUUUAAGCAAUAGAAUCUUGUUCCACCUCCUGUUAUUGCAAUGGGAGGAUUUUCCUUCAACCAUAACAGGGAUUGACUCAAGCCUUAGGAUGAUAUUAAUUUCUCUGAUGUUAACACACAUGAUCUGAAGUUCUCAUUAAAAAAAAUCAAGGAUCUUUUUUCAACAGCAGCAAAAAAGACCCUUCUAAAUACAUGCUGUUGUUCAGUUUUUAUCUUAAGAAAGCUAAAGAAGGUAUUAAACCCUUCACUAUGCCAUUCUAGAAAGUAAGCAUCUUUUUUCCUCUUCUGUUUUCAUCCCAGCCACUUAUAACUUGUCUCUGGUGAAAUUCAUGGCAGUAGAGUGCUAGGCCAGCAGCAGCAUUUUCAUUUUUGGUCCAGAAUUAAUACAUAUGCCAAGGUAAAUAAAAACUGGAUGCAGAUAAUCUUUUUUUGAUGUAAUAGUGGUUGGUUUUUUUUUUAGUUAGGUUAAUUAAAAAAAAAUCAAAAAAUUAGAAAUCCACAGCACACUGAGCAGCUAUAAUAUUCUUGUUCAUGAAACCCAUAAUAACUAAGGUGCAAAUUACAUAGUGAGGGAGUAAUUUUCAUAUCACUGAAUUGACAUUAAUAUCUUAUUUGCAGAUGUAAUCAAAGAAAAUACCUUUCUUUGCACUUAAAUUAAGAAGCAGAACUGAAACAGUUUCAGGCUGAUUGACCAUAUAAGUGUCAAACUGGCACUUUUCAAGAGUAAGUUAUAAGAAUUUUUUUCAUGCUCCCACUGAAAAACAAUAAGAAAUGUGGUGCUUUCACCUUUAUAUGAGAUUUCUAUUGUAGAGAAUGAUUAUAUCUACUAAUGCUGAAAAGUUAGAUGAGCUGGAACGACAGGAAACAAAGAGGAAAAAUUGUGAUGUGAUACUGCAGCUCCUGCAAAUGGUGCCUUUCCUUUCAGUUUAGCACUAACCUUUAUGGAAGAGCACUGAAAUUCAAUAGCUUCAGCUAUGUACAGUAAAUUCAAAUACAGAAAUACCAGUCUGAAACCUCUUGUUACUUACAUGGUUUAUAUGUUGGCAAACUCCACAGUGUCAGGGAAGUUUCCCAAAAUUCACAGCUUAAAAUGAAUCCUUCUUUGUAGAAGGGUGGCAUCAUUGAGCAAAAGAAGUCCUUCACCAGCAUAGAGGCUGUGCUGAAGCAGUUUGCCUUUUUAUACUGGAUUUCUACCCUGGCAUUCAAAAAUUUUACUGCCUCAGACAUAAACAGAUUUUUUUGGCACCCUGGCUCAUGCCAGGUUCCACCUGGGCUGCUGCUCCCUGAACCCGUGGCAUGUAAGAUCCUUCUGAGCUCGCUUUUUUACACACAGUCUGCACCACCACCCAUCAAAAAAAGCUUGCAAAUAUUGAGGAAAUAUAGUUUGAACUAACCCUACUAAAACACAGGAGGUCAGUGCUGGGACUGAUAACACUGUUGUAUCCUUGUUGAGGAUUUUGCAUCUCUACAAGCACAAGUCAGGAUGUGAUACACUCAGAUGCAGAAUAAGCCAUUUGGGAGGCAGCAAACCUAGCUCUGAUCUUCCUUACCCUUCCUAGCGUUAAAUCAAGUGGCUGAUGAGACUCUUCUGAAUAACACUGGGGUAAUUGAUGGAAAGAAGCUGUUGUGCCUUCCAGCAGAAUGUGGCUUAGACCAAGGAUGACUCAAGUCCAGAGCCUUUGGGCUUUUUAUGGCUCUGCCAUAGGCUGGACUGGAGCAAGUCAUAUGGCUUCUUGUCUUCCACCGUCUGCAUGAGAGAGCUUCUUUCCAAUUUCCCAGACACAUUUUGGGAAUUAAACUAGUCACAGAUUGGUCCAAACUGCUGAUUUUUGGAGUUCUAUUUUCUCUUUCCAGAAAAGCUUACUGGUAUGUAGGUUUGGGCUUCCAGCUCAUUUCAAAGCACAGGGCCAGCCAGGAGAUCUAGAUCUAGAUCUCUGUUAUUAGGGUGCUGUUGUGAGUUGGGGUGGCAUGCAGGGAGGUAAGAGUCAAACUUUUCAAGCAUUAAAUACUCCAUGGAUGAAAUAUGAUUGACAAAGAUUGAGCAGUGUUGAUAUUUGAGGUACUGUGGCAAGUUUUUAGAGCUGACACAUCUGUGAAAAGGUACUGUGAUGGGGGAGUUUUUUCACCCCAAAACACCAAAGCCAUCUGCCUGUUGGAAGGAGUGAGUGUUCGAAACAGUCUUCUUUAUCUUCUGUGGUUUUGCCUUUUAAAAUUCCUAUAAAUCUAUUUGAAAAAUAUUGUAUGUACAUCACAGAGGCUCUCAUCACCCACAUGGGUUUGGAAAUCUCCCCUCUGAUGCUUCAGGAUUUAAUUAGGAAAUUCUGGUGGACGUAUCUCAAUUGCACUGCAAUUAAGAACCACUGGGAUAUUGCUUCAUCACCAUAUUUAUCACAUACUUUUAAUAUAUCCUGUUUAUCUGUUCCAAAGAAGGAGUCUUUUUGCCAAAGAGCCCUUGCUUUUCUUAAGGUGGACUUAGCCAUGACAAAAAUUCACAUCUUCUGUGGCUGUGGUAAUGUCCAAACUGUUCCUUUCAGAAAGAAUUGGAAGAUCACACAGACAUUUCUGUUCAAUUCUUCAGUUUCUGCUUAUGCUCCUUUGUCCUUGUCUAGCAUUUGUUGGCAAGUAAGGCCUGAUCCCAUGAUUUGUGUGGCCACGCAGGCCUCAGGAUCAGGUUCUAAUUUAGCAAAAUAUUUAAGUUCUGGCGUUAGUUUAAGCACAGACUUAAAGCCAUUGCGUGGUGUGACGUAAGCCAUUAACACUAGACUGAUUCUGCAUCACCUGAUCAUACAGAUUUGAUCUGGCUAGGAUGUGAGCACAGUCAAAUUUCUGUCAAAUUACCCAGAACAUAUGAAAUGGCUUCUGUGUCACCCUUAUGCUCUCGCUGCAGGAGAGCCGCCUGGCUGGUGGCUGAUCGAAUGUAACAUUUGGAUGACAGGAGGGUGAGGUAUUACAAGAUGAGUGCUUUGUGUUAGGUGACUGUGGCACCUUCCAUAUGGCACAAGUAGCCCUACAGCCAGGUUUACUGUAUCUUUGAGGGAUGGCUUUAAAACUGUCUACUUAAACUUUCUCCAGAAGAUUGGGUUGCCUUGGUUACAGCCCAAUCCUUAAGCAUAUCCCCAAGGCUAACGCUCCUAUUUUGUGAAUGUGGUUCGUUUUAUUGUCAUUUUAAUCACUGAACAUUGCUUUUAAGAACAGAAAACAACACCAUUUUUUUAGUGUAUCUGAUA